AUGACCGUCACUACCGAGACCCAGUUCGUCGCCAACGCCGACAUCCCGCGCGCGUGGUGGAAGAGCGCGGUCGUGUACCAGAUCUACCCUGCGUCCUUCCUCGACACCAACGGCGACGGCGUCGGCGACCUGCGCGGCGUGAUCAACAAGCUCGACUACCUCAAGGACCUGGGCGUGGACGUCAUCUGGCUCUCGCCCAUCUUCAAGUCGCCGCAGGUGGACAUGGGGUAUGACAUCAGCGACUACAAGGACAUCCACGCGCCGUAUGGCAGCGUGGCCGACGUCGACGAGCUGAUCGCCGAGCUGCACAAGCGCGGCAUGAAGCUCGUGCUCGACCUUGUCGUCAACCACACCUCGGUCGAGCACAAGUGGUUCAUCGAGUCCAAGAGCUCAAAGACCAACCCCAAGCGCGACUGGUACUACUGGCGCCCGGCCAAGGUCGCCGCCGACGGCUCCAAGAGCGAGCCGAACAACUGGCAGUCCGUGUUUGGCGGCUCGACCUGGAAGCACGACGAGACGACUGACGAGUACUACCUCCACUACUUUGACGAGAGCCAGCCCGACCUCAACUUUGAGAACGUCGAGGUUCGCCAGGCGGUGUAUGACUUGAUGAAGUUCUGGCUUGACAAGGGAGCGGACGGCUACCGUAUGGACGUCAUUGCCCGUAUCUCCAAGAACGUCUCGUUCCCCGACGCCGCCGAGCAGGUCAAGGGCGCGCGGUACCAGGACUUCCCCCGUGGCGCCGGCCCUCGUCUGCACGAGUACCUGCACGAGAUGAACCGCGAGGUGUUGUCGAAGUACGACUGCAUGUCGGUCGGCGAGCUCAACUUUGUCGACCCCAAGACCAUGCUCAACUUUGUGCACCCCGACCGCCAGGAGAUCCAGACGGGCUUCAGCUUCGACCACGUCAACGUCGGCCUCAAGGGCAUGGGCCUGGGCCGCCACCUCGUCAACCCGUGGACGCUGCCCGAGUGGAAGGAGACCAUCACGCGCUGGCAGUGGCUGCGCGAGGCAGGCGCCUGGCACGCCCUGUACCUCGAGAACCACGACCAGCCGCGCUCCAUCAGCCGCUUCGGCAACGACUCGCCCGGGUGGCGCUGGGCGUCAGGCCGCGUGCUCGCCCUCCUCCAUGCGACGCUGUUCGGCACAGUCUACCUGUACCAGGGUGAGGAGAUUGGCAUGAUCAACCUCCCGCUCGACUGGCCCAUCGAGGACUACCAGGACGUGCAGACGCAGAUUCUUGUCAAGGAGAUCAACGAGACGUGCGAGAACCCUACAAAGGUCGUCCAGCAGCUCCUCCCCAAGAUGCGCGACCACCCCCGCUCGCCCAUGCAGUGGACGGCCGGCGCCGGAGCCGGCUUCUCCACCGCCAAGCCGUGGAUGCGCCUGCCUGAGGACUAUGAGGUGUGCAACGUCGAGGCGCAGGUCAACGACCCCUCGUCGCUCUUCAGCUUCUGGAAGUCGGUGCUCGCCUUCAGGCGCAAGCACGAGGACAUCCUGGUGUACGGCUCGUACCGCGAGCUCUCGCCCGAGGACGAGGCCGUCUUCGCCUACGUCCGUGACGAGAAGUUCCUUGUUGUGCUCAACUUCUCCACCGCCCAGGUCGUCUACGCCUUGCCGGAGAAGUUCAAGGCGUCCAAGUUCCUCCUCUCGACGACGCAGGACUCGGAGUGGCCCGCCACGCUGGGCGACAAGCUUGCGCUCCCGCCCUGGACUGGCGCCGUGUACGAGGUGUCCAAGGAGUAG